AUGGGUUAUUUUUCGGGUGAUCAUGGCGAUGGAUUUCCAUUCGAUGGACGUGGUGGAGUUUUUGCACAUGCUUUCGGGCCGGGGGAUGGGCGAAUACAUUUCGAUGCGGAUGAGGAUUGGACAGAUGGUGCUAGGCCGAAUAUGAUCGAUAUGGUUAGUGUUGCAGUGCAUGAAAUUGGGCAUGUUCUUGGACUUGCGCAUAAAAGUGUUGAGGAUGCAAUUAUGUUCCCUUAUAUGGCGUAUAAUACGGUCAAAACAACUUUGCGUCAAGAUGAUCUUGAUGGAAUUAAAGCCUUGUAUGGAUCUUGA